UGUAUUGUUUCUAUGCGUGUGUGGUGUGUUUUUGGAGAGUGAGCUCGUGGGCUGGACCAUUGAGCUUUAGUUUGAGUAGCUCAUAGCUGAAAUCAAAUAUAUUAAAACAGUUUUAUUAUUUUAAUUUGUUACGUUGAUGCGACGUAAACAGCAUUACAUCUGCAUGAUUGUGUGCGCGAACUAACGUGUUAGUGACACGGCUCGCCUGGCCCGCUAGCGGCUCACCGAGCAACUUGUGGCUGUUGUACGUCACUAGCCGCCAACCGUUGGAAAAUGGGCAAAAACCGCAAGCGUUUGAAAGGUAAUGUAAAUACUCCGAUUACGGGACCUAGACCACCGCAUGGCAUGCCAGCACCAGCACCACCUCCUCCUCACGGCGGGUUCCGCGGUCCUGCUCCUAUCCGCCCGAUGGGCCCACCUGGACAGAGGUUCCCUGGGCCCCAUCCAGGCUUCGGACCCCCAAACCCCAGAAUGAUGAUGAUGAUGGAUAACAUGGAAGGGGACAGACGGUUUAUGCAUGAAACACAGGGAUUCAUGAUGCAUAAUGAGCCUUGCUACCCGAUGGACUUUGCCAACAGACAUGAGUUCCACCAUCAGGCUUUUGACGGUCCUGGUCCGCGUUUCGAGUUUGGGAACCGACCACAAGGACCGCGGUUCUACCGUCCAGAGCUUGACUGUGCACCGCAGUUCCGUUCCCCGGAGUUUUGUGAACGACCUCCAGACUUCUGUCCGCCUGAGUUUAUGGGAAGACCCUCGAACUUCCAUCCGUCUGAAUAUGAGGGCGGACCAGGUUUCCACGGGAUGAAUCCUGGGUUCGACCAAAUGGAGCAGUAUGGCCCAAGAGACCCUCAGUUUGCGCCACAGAUGGAUGUACAUGCCAAUCAUGCUUUUGGAGAGAGAGGAGGGUUCCAACAAGGACCUCCACUAGAUUUCCGAGGCCCAGGUCCAGUUCAGCCACAACCUGAGGCGUUCAAUGCCACUAGCAUGCCUCUCCCUGGAAAUGCCUGUCCACCCCAACCUCCGAAGAAGAUCGAUCAGCCGGCACCAAAAGACACGAAGACAGAACCUCCCAAAUCGAUGGCAUCAAAGAUAUCAGCGUUCAAGAAAAUCUCUGCAAACACUCCUCGUGGACGCUCAUUGGGAAUCAUUUCAUUCAUUGGCAAUAAUUGUGGUUUCAUUGAACGGGAGGAUUUGAAGAAGUUCUCUUUUGUUUUUGAUGCCUUUUUUGGACAACGAGCUGACUUGGUGCCUGGGGUUAAAGUGCAUUUCACAGUAGUGAAAAAUUUGGGAAAAGAAUGUGCGGUUGACGUGAAAGUGGCACCAGGAGGAACAGAUGACAUUGACAGUACGGUGUAUGAGGGCGUAGUUCUCACAGUCCUUCCUGAAGGCAAUGUCAAGGAGGCUAAUCCUGGUCGCAUCAGGACCAUUAUCUCUACGGAUCCCAUUAAACUGCCCUUCGGCAAAGCGGACACCAAUAUAACUCUGCUACUGUAUGAUCGUGUGGAGUUCCAGUUGCUGACUAAUCUUAUUACCAAGGAACAAAGAGCCACAAACAUCAAACCAAAAACACCAGACACGUUUCAGCUCACCAAAGAAAUCAGGGAGACUGGUGUGGUCAUGAACAAGAGCGAAGGGACCCUGACCAUCAUGACGAAGAAACAUGAUAGCCUGACGGCUUCUGCUGCUGACCAUUUAUCAGAUGAUGAGUUGAAUGUCAUGGAUGCAGUGGAGCUCACUGUUUUGACUGUGAAUGACACCAAGAAGGCCAUCCGACUCAAAAAGCUUCCUGAGGGCUCUGUGACCUUUAAUCAACAAGCAAAAAGCAACGAAGACAAGUGGAAGCCUGUGACCAUGGAGGCUGGUUCUGAAGAGUCAGUCUCUUUCGACGUAAGCAGUGUGAAAUACGAGGGGACGAUUGCCAAAGUCGCCCCAAAGAAAAGCCCAACCCAAGAAAAGGAGCAGAUGGACAAGCAAGAGCCCACUUUGGGUCUUCUGCUCUCCACAGUGGAGGGCACUGAGAAACGCUUACCUUUUAGAUCAGGUGACGUGAUCACAAAGGCCACCAUGAUGAUCGGUGACAAGGUCCAGUUCAACAUUUCCACCAACAGCUUAACCAAGGAGGAGUGGGCGGCCAAUGUAGAGAUCCUGCCAGAAACUUUCCAGACAGACUCAGAAGAGCAGCGGAAGAUAGGGCUUGUUGUCAAGCUGGAUGAUAAUUUUGGGUUCAUCAAGACACCACAGGACCCGCAACUAAUUUUUGACAAAAGUGAGGUUAUGGAGGACACCAAACUCGCUUUGUUUGAGAAGGUUGAAUUUACAGUAGUACCGAAUGAAGCGGCUGAAGGGGGAAAUCACGCUGUUAGAGUCAGAAGGCUGAAUGAAAGCGUCUUCACAUCGGCACCAAAAUUAGAGGCCUUUGGGGUAAAAGAGAAGAAGAAAAUGACCAUCAAAUUGCUGAAGGAUCCAAAAGAAUAUAUGAAGGUAGAGGUCAAAACAGAGGACAAAAGCAGUGAAUCAAUGGAUGUAGGCAAGCCAAACAAGGGAAAAGACAAGGCACCACCAUCUUUGUCAUCUGUAAAAGAUCUGAAGAAGGAAAGUGAAAUUAAACAAGAGAGGACCACAGCCAAAGGGGAUAGAGUGCGGAGCAGAAGCAGGGAAAGUAGUCGUCGUAGGUAUAGUCGAAGCAGAAGCAGAAGCAGAGAAAGUGGCAGACGCAGAUAUAGUCGCAGCAGAAGCCGGAGCCGAGACCGAAGUAGGAGCUACUACAGCAGACACCAUAGCUCCAGCCGUGAUAGGAGGGAGGGUCGAUACAGACGCAGUCAUAGCAAAGAGCGCCGACGGAGUUGCAGUCGCAGCAGAAGCAGAAGCAAAGAAAGAGGCACCCGAAGUGCCAGGAAGAGAAGCCACAGCCCAGCCGACAGAUACGAUCGCUAUGCCAAACAAAGCAGUAGUAAAGAUUCAAGCAACAAAAACAGAGCUAAAACCCCUGACAAUGUAGAUGAUGAAAUAUUAAGGAAAAAGAGAGAGCUAAUGGAACUCAACGAAAUGAUUGCACGUAAGAAAGCUAUUGUUGCUAUGGAGCAAAAUGCAAAAAAAAUUGAACCUGAGCUUGAGAUCGAUGGAAAAAGUGGAAUUACAACAUUUGAUUAUCAACAUGUGCAUCGUGAAAACAUGUGGACGCCAGACCUAAAACCAGUGAAGUCCAUCUUGAAGAAACAGUCUGAACCUCAAACUGAUCAUCAAUCUCAGGCUUCUGCAAGCAAGGAAACUACUGCUCCAUUUUCAAAGAGUGAAAGUCAAGAGAUGCAAAUGGGAUACCGUCAACAGACUAGUGCUUUUGGCUCAAAUAGACCUGGCUCCUCUACAUUUGAAAGUCAUUCUGAGAGGACUAUGUCCAGUGUGUGGCCUGAGAAGAUGGCUUUACCUCAGGUUGAGGAUGCAGAAUUGCUGAGAAAAAAGAAGCAAUUGGAUGAACUCAGUGAGUCCAUAGCACGCAAAAGAGCGAUUUUUGCCUUGGAACAGAAGGUCAAAGUUGGACGGGAAGUGUCUGAAACGGAAGCAGAAUAUGAGUUUGAAUCGCACACAGAUGACAAAUUUGUAAUGUCUAAAGGGAACCUGUGGAGCUCGGAAAUGAAACCUGAUGUUCAACCGAAAAAAUCGAUUUUGAAGAAACGCUCAGAGAUUCUCAGCUCUCAGAGUGAUGCAACCUCAGUUGAUGAAUAUGGUCAACCAUGUCAGGAUGAUUCUACUUUUACAAAGAUACCUUCUCUGACGACAGCAACUUUGCCAUUCAACAGGCCCUCAAACCCACAGCCCAUUCAUCCUGGUACAUUUGGCUUUUUCAAGCAGAUCAUAAACGAGUCUUUAGCAGCCACACAAGUCAGUGAAUCGCCGCCUUUUAACAAGCUAGCAAUCCCACAGCCACAUGCGCAAGCCUCCAGUUCAAGGUCUUUGCAUGACCAGAACUCUUCCAACGUGUCCAAAGGUAACAAUUCUCAUGAUGGCCAACAGAGGGCAACAUCUCACCAGCCUCCUGACCAUUCUCAGAGCAGUAACCCUUCAACAAGUCAGACUUCACCAUCAGGUCAACAGCGCAAUCUUACAACUCAAAUGGAACGAUUCCUUAGUGCUCUCAACAAGGCUGACACCAGUAUUGUUAACUCAUUGUUUCAAGAGGCAAGAAAGGAUCUGUCUUCAAUGAAUACACAGAACCCCCCUCAACCACAUUUAGACAGAAACAUACCCUUCAUGGAUGAGAUAUAUGAUCCUUUUAAGGAAGAUGAAGACAACGACCAGCCUUCCGCUAAGGGUAAACUAAGGUCUGGCCAAGAACGAGGUAAAAACCCUAUGAACACUGAAACCUGUUUGAAUGACCCUAGAAAAGAUGACCUUUUACCUCAUGAAAGAGCUGUUCAAGAUGGUUGUGGCUUUUCUAAACUUGUUGGAAUGAAGUAUGGUGUGGAUCCUACUGCAAAAGCUGAAAAGAAUAGUCCAUAUGGGCAGCCGAUGGUUUCAGAAAAUUGGAACAUGCAUAAAGAUCCAAAUCAGUUUUCUGAGCAAUGGAAUCAGUAUGAAGAGGGCAUUGAUCCGUAUGCGACACAGCACGAACAAUACACUGAUGAUCACAGUCGGUAUAGGGAGCGUAGUCAGUCUGUUGAAUACCAGAAUGUCAACCCCAAUGUCCUGGUUUCUUGUGUAGAGGACAGAGAGACGCCUGAUAGUAGUUUUGACAGAAGCUUAGCUCGUCAGCAGUCCGAAGAAAGCAAUGAGGAGAAAGAAAGGAAGUCAGAGAACUUUGAAAAAAUUCAGAGUCUUCUGCAGACAAUAGGACUUCAUCUAGACACAGCAGAGGUUAGCAAAUUAGCUGACAGGACACAAGAACGGUUGUAUGGCAAAAUGAGAAAACCUUACAGUGCUACAUCUCACUCCUAUGAUCAAAAAAGGGAGCGAUCAGUGAGCCAAUCAGAGCAAAGGGGUAGUAGUAGUAGGGCAGAUUCCUCAGACUCUGAACGUGUCCGAUCUGUUUCCCCAGCUCAGUCCUCAAACCGUAAGGUUUACAUGAGCUAUAAGGACACUGUAAAAUACAAAGACAAGCUCAAAGGGGAAGAUGUAGACCUAACUAGCAUUAAGAGAACCGUAGUGAAUUUGAAACCAGCAACAGACCAGCAAGAUCCUUGCGAAACUUCGUCUGAGCAGUCCGUGGUUUCUCAAGUUCCGUUCCAACCAGUGUCCGGUUUAAGCACAGUUCAACCCGAUAGUUCCCAGUAUGCCGCAAAUCCCAAUGUUCCCACCUAUCCUGCUUCCCAAUAUUUCCAAUACCAAAGCAGUGACCAACAGUUUUGGGGUCUGGCUCCUGGUAUGUACCCUUAUGCCACUGUACCUCCAUCCCCUAAUUUAGGUUAUGCUAGUGGGCUCCAAGCAAUGCCUCCACAUAUGAUGGCGGCUUAUAGCUCGUACACUGCACAAAUGGCCAGUCCAUAUUCUGUGCCGCCUACACAGUCCAUGCCAUAUCCUUAUGGUCCUCCACCUACUCACAACCCUCUCCACCUCUCCUCAAUGGGCGAUUCCUACAAUAACCAAGCGGCUAAGCAAAUCCCAACAAAGCCUGUUAGGUGCCUCAAAACAAUAAAAACAGUCCCAACAGUUCAAACCGUUCAAACUGUUAAAGCAAGUCCUGCCAGCGUACUUGUUAGCGUACAGCCUACAGAAGACAAUCAAGCAAAAAGUACACCGGAGGAAGCCCAGAAUAAACAAGUUGCUACCAUAACAGAAGACGACAUCAAAGCUAAGCAGAAGAAACGGCUUGAACAGUUUAACCAGAGAAUGAAGCUGAAGAAAGAGCAGCAAAUGGAAGCCCAGCGAGCACGUGGACAAAAUCGGAAUUCGUCUACAGGAAAAAUUUCCCCCAGUGAGAUAAAGAAUGUGUGGAUAUGUGGCCACUCUCUUGUGUUUUGGGCUGAGAAGAGGGCGACUUCGCCUGAGUUUGGAGUGCAGUUGGGCAUGCACCCGAACUGUGUGCGCGUUUGCUGGAAGGGCGUGCAGGGCAUGACGUGGCAGCAGCUUGUACCUUUGCUGCUCCAGCUCAAAGACAACUGGCCCAAACCGGAUGUGCUUAUAAUCCACUUGGGUGGAAAUGACAUUUCCACCACCUCCCCAGAAGCCUUUAUUUCGACUGUGAAGAAAGAUAUGACCUCGUUGAAGAGCAUAUUCCCCCAAUGCCUGCUGGUGUGGUCCAGCAUCCUUUACAGACAGUCCUGGAGGGGUACAGAAGAUAGCAAAGAAAUGGAUGUCAUUCGUAUGACCAUUAAUGACUGCGUACAAAACAUGAUGCUGGGACUGAGUGGCACUUCUUUGAGCCACAGCAACAUAAGUCCUUUUUUGGGACACUACAGACCAGAUGGGGUUCACCUCUCUGGGAAGGGCAUUGAUAUCUUCAAUCUCAACCUACAGGAUUUUCUGGAGAAAUGGGAGCGUGAGACGAAUAAGACAGAGACAUCUGACCCAGCAGUUUUAGAGUCCUGAAACGGUUUGUUCAGCUAAUGCAGCUAUCAACUUGUACAGUGCCAUGUCUGUUUUUUUUUUUUGUUUUGUUUUUUUCUCUUCAAAUUUUAUUGUUAUACAGUUUAUGUAGAAUGAAAUCAUUUCUUUUCUAUACAUGCAUAUUACAAAAAUAUUUUGAAAAUGUUAGACUUGAGUUUUUACUUGUUCUGUUUUAUAAAUUUAGUUUAAUGACAAAUAAAGACGAGACAAUUGAAUCACCUUA